UGACCUGCCCCUGAGGAGGGGGAUUCCCCGGAAAACCAUGCUCACGCUCUCGCUUCUGAGCCGGGGACAUGGCAAGUUGGCCCAGAACAAACAGAGGCUGGAAGUGUAUUUUGAACCAGAGGAUUAUUUGAACUGGAAGUCCCCAGAAGAUUAUAUCCUGGUCAACCGAGCACAGGAUGAGGGCAGUGACACCCAGCACACUUGGAGCCUCUUUCUCCCUAAAACGUUCAGCACCAGAAAGGGCGCCCUCAUUCUCUACUCAGAAGGGUUAGCCAUAUCCGCAUGGACGCCUGAAGGGAAGAGGAGAAGCUCCUUUUACCCCAAAGGACACAGGAAGAGACUAAACACACUCCAGGACCUCAAAGAAGCCAUCCUGGCUUAUGGAAGGAGACAGAGGGAGCAGGACAGAGGCUGGCAACCCUAUCUCCACUUCCGAAGGCAACCAGAGAGCCAGGCCCAGCGGCACAUCCAACCUGGGUAUUCAGCCAAGAGAUACCUGCGAGGCCUCUUGCGGACAUGGCCCCCUGGCACUAUGUACAGGCUCCAUUGCGCAGGAUACAUCAAGGAUUCUGUGAUACUCCAGGACAGUCAACUUAAUGUACCAAAGAAUUUCAGGCCACAGCAGGAUCUUUCAGGUGUGCCCCCAAAAUACCACCUCCUGCCUGUCUUCCCUUCAUUUUGGACUCAACAAGGAAAAUCCUUUGAACAAGGUCAGCAGGGCAAGGAUGAAGGGGAAGCUGGGGCUGCUGGACAUGUCGACCAGGUCUUUGUCCCUCAGAGCCACUACAGUCAGGGGACUCGCUUGCCACCCCUCGGGAAGCAGUCCUGGCAGGAAGAUGAAGCCCAGGCAGAGGACACGCCCACAGCGACUCACCGUCAUACACACACUUCAGAGGAAAGCUACAAAAAGAAAGCACAGCCAACUUGCAGCAGAGCCUUUGGACAUGCCCUCGUGGAUCCCUCUUGGCUCCUGACUGACAAAUCCCAAGUCACGUUCUAUGGAGGAGCCUUCCCAAGACGGAAGGCAGAUGUCAGCGGCCAGCAAGGGACUCGGCACCAACGCGAGGGCAGGAUCAGCCCCUGCCCACGGGAGCCUCUGGCUGAGCGAUGCCUUUUCCCUCCUGUAGCUCCUGCCAUGAACAAAGCAGAAGAAGUAAAGAAGAAAAAGGCACCAAAGGGUCUGAAAUUGCUUCCUAUCACCAAGGAACCACCUGGAGUGCUGGCCCCACUGAGGAGUCAACGAAAAGUCAGUGAGCCCCCUGCAGAGCUCUUCAUCUUCCCAGUGGAGAUUCAUUUUCACACUCAGAAUCCCCUCAAAGGAAAGGCUCCAGGAGGAGGUGCUCCACAGCCUGAGUCAGGACCAGAAAAAGAAGAGGUCAGGUCUUUCUGGAAGUCUCCCCGAAAGCCCUCAGAAAGGCUGAGAAAGUGGAUGGUGCAUCUCUCAGUGGACCAGGACAGAGACACGUGGCCCCCACCAGAAAAAUCCAGAGACCCCACACAGGAGAACUUCUUGCUGGGUCCAGAUGAGGAAAAGGUCUUCCUGGGGCCUCCCCAGCCCUUGGAGCGUCUGUCCAGUGAAGCUAACACUGAAUCUGGAACUGAGCUACAUGUGAGUCUUAAUGAAACCAGACCUUUGACACAAAAGGCAGAAAAGCAGAGUGCCCAGCAGUCCUUGAAGGCAGCAGCUCAGAAGACAGGAGAACCUCAAAAUUGUAUAAAUAACGGGAUGAUAUGUUCAAACAGAAAAGAAUUUUACACACGCAAGCUGCACAUCGACAUGACGCCGUUCCUGAAGGACAGUGGAGAUGAACUGGACUAUCAUGAAGAACAAGGAGGAUCCUUCCAGGAGUGUUAUCAAGACACCAAAGGCCCAGACUCAAGGAGAAAGGCCCUGGCGCCUCUCACGGCUCCCCGCAUUGAGCACACACAAACCCCAGAGGCAGACACUGUCCAAACCAAGGGCAGAGACUAUGCUACACACCAUCUCCACAGAGGACUACCAGGACAUGGACCUGAGUCCCCACAGAGGUUGGGUUCGGCAGAUGCAUCUCUCCUUCCAAGAGAAAAAGAAGAGAUGAGUCAGCCAAGGCUGCUCAACCAGCACCUGCCCGCCAAGGUGGGUCAAAUAAGUGGAAUGGACUCGAUGGACAAAGCCAAGAGAAAGAAGAGAACCAAGGCACAGAAGUCCAAGGCAUCCAAAGGGGGAAGGAAAGGACAGGUCCACAGGGAGACAGAGGUCACUAUGGGAAAGUCAAAGAAACCAAAGGCUGAAAAGAAAUCACACCUAGUUCCCAAAGCAAAAAAAACAGGAGCCAAAAGAAAACGGACACGGAUGGAAAGGAAUCCGGAGACAGCGGCUGAGCUGAGUGGGUCUGAGGCCCCCAGCGAUAAGGAAUCAGGGGACACCUCUGAUGGGAGUUUCUUUCCCCGGGGCUCUGGGGCAGAGGACCCCUGGUUUCCUCCCACAGAUGAGGUUCAGGAGAGCCAAGUGUCUAUAGACAGUCGAGCAUCCCCUAGCCAGACCCUCACUGUGGCUGAGGGUGUGGCAUCUGCAGAAGACACAAGCACUGAGGACCCUGCCAAGAGCCUCCUGGCUAAGAGGGAGCACCAGGACAGACUGCGGGCAGAGAAGGCCGAGAAGCGGCGGCUGGAAGUGGAGAGGCAGCGGCGGGAGCAAGAGGAGGAGCGGCGCCGCCAGCAAGAGCAGCUGGCGCGGGCUGAGCAGAUGAAGGCAGAGCUGGAGCUGGAACAGCAGAGGCGCGCCGAGGAGAUCCGUUUGAGGAAACAGAGACGAGAAGAAGAACAGCGGCGGCAGGAGGAGGAGGAGAGGAGGCAGAGGCUCCAGUUACAGGCCGCCCAGGAGAGAGCCCGGCAGCAGCAGGAAGAGAUCCGGAGGAAGCUACAGGAACUACAGAGGAAAAAGCAGCAGGAGGAAGAGGAGCGGGCUGAGGAAGAGAAGCAAAGACAGAAGGAACUGGAAAUGCAGUUAGCAGAGGAACAAAAACGUCUGAUGGAAAUGGCUGAAGAAGAGCGACUGGAGUAUCAGAGGCAGAAACAGGAAGCAGAAGAGAAGGCACGACUGGAAGCAGAGGAGAGAAGGCGGAAGGAAGAGGAGGCUGCGAGGCUGGCGCUAGAGGAUGCCAUGAAACAGGCCCAGGAAGAAGCCAGGCAAAAAUCUGCUUUGAAGAAACAUCUUCAUUUCCACCAAGAAUUUCUUAAGGAAGCCAAUGGCCUGCAGUGGGCACACAACAUUUCCAGACCAUGGGUCUACUCUUAUUUCCAGUUCCUACAAAUACCCAGACCUUAAAAGCUAGAAGAAAACUUAAAAGUAAGUUGGGACAGGAACUUCCUUCUGAAUUUUAUACUGAGUCCAAUUAUUUCCAUUUCAUUUGGUCUGCCACAAUCCACACCUACCUUCACUUUUAAGAGCACCAUUCCCACCUCCCUUCACACAUACUGACUCAGCCUAAUUCAACUCAACAA